CUUGAAGUCCGACGUCAAAUUGACCAAUGUAUACUUUGAGUGUGUAAUGUGUUUACAAAUUCGUAAUCUACAGCAGCUAAAAACGAUUUGACUAGAAAGUGUUAAUAAAAACCACUAUAGAGUGUGUAAAAUGCUGGGAAAUUAACGUAAUAUCAAAAGCUGAUUAAAACAAUCAUAAUGUCUGUAAAAAAUUACAGCCAAACUUUGUUGAUGUUAUUAUCUUUUGCUUUUGUUACGCAUGCCACAUAUAAUUACUUCAAGCAAAAGCAGAAAAAAGAAAAGAAACCUAAAAAACAAAAUGAAAUCCACGAAGUUUUAUGGUUCACCUCGGAUGACAACGACAUGAAAAAGAGUAAAUAUUCGCGCUGUAUGAUAAGUCGAAGUAUGGAGAGAUUGUUGCAUUUCGUGGGCCAGCCUCGUCAUAAUUUAGAUAUAUGCAUGUACGUCUGGACUAACCAGGACGUAGCUAACAUUGUACUGAAGUUGCAUUUGCGCGGCGUCAAGAUUCGAGUCAUAGUCGAUGCCGAUAUGGCGUUCACAAGUGGAUCCGUAAUCAAGAAGUUAGUAAAGUACGGAAUACCGGUACGAUGGAUGAAGUCAACUAACUUGAUGCACAACAAAUUUUGCCUUGUCGACACUUUACUUAGAGAUGAAUCCGUGUCUCCAUUCGUAAUAACCGGCUCCCUAAACUGGACGAAUCAAGGAUUGAGUGGUAAUUAUGAAAGCUGCAUCGUAACAACAGCAGAACCAAUACUCAGUCAACUCAGUAUUGAAUUUGAAAAGCUUUGGCUUCAAUUCAAACCAGCUGUGGAAUAUAAUUUUAACUAAUCAACAACUAAUUGAGUGUUUUGAAUACUUUUUAUCAGUAUAUUUGCCUAGCAUUUACAUUAUGAUGUACCUUUUUAUUUCCGAGUUAGACUUUUAUAUUUUUUGUGUUUGAGAAUAUAUAUUUUUUUGUUUUGACAAGUACUUGGUUAUUUGAAAAUAGCCCACUUUUUAAAGUAAAGUAUUUUAUUUAGUAUUAAGUUUAGUUCGCUAGCCAUAAUUGAAAAUAACUUAUUCUGUGUUGAUUUAAUUGCUCAGAAAUUAAUGAUGAUUUAUUUUCUAAGUUUUAGUUGUAAGUACAAUGUUCGGAUUAAAGGGUAAAUGACUUGUUCAAAGCAUAUGACAUUAUAAAUGUCAAUAACUUGACUACACCACCUGAAGUUGAACAAAGCAUUUAAAACAAAAUUCUAUUUCAAAUUUUUUUAAUCAUUUUAUCAGUAGUAAAUGUCUAUAAUAAUGGAAAAUGUAGAAUAUGUAGUAGCAGAACAUAUUAUAUUCUAACUAAGAAUAAUUGAUGUCACCUAUUUUCAAAUAUUUGUAAGUAGAUUCUUUUAUGGGAAUACCCUUAAAUUAAAAAAAUAUUUUAAAACCUAAACUUUCUACAUGUUGGAAUAAAAAUCUCUAAAUUGUGAUCAUUUUAUAAGGUAGUGUUCUUAGUGUUUUAUUAUAAUAACAUAUUUUUAUGUGUGUAAUAUUUAACUCAAAGAGAAUAAAUGACUUUCCGGUAUGUACCUA